UGUUAAACAACACGUACAUUUCAGUUUCGAUUUGAGCUUUGUUUAUAGCAGCGGUGUUGUGUGUCAUCUAUCAUCUACGGCUUAACAGUGCAGACGCUAGGGAUUUGUUAGUAUGAUGGCUCAGUAUGCUAGAAGUCCAAUUGUCAAGAAUUAUCUUAAUAGACUUGCAGAACGUCAAAAACCAAUUGAUACUUCAAAGUGGUACUACAUUAAUACAAAUAGACUACCUGAAAACUUGAUUGACAAGUUUGAAGCCAGUUCAUUUGAUGCUGGUACAGAAGAAUUUCUUGAGAACUGUUAUGAAAAGUCAGAUUGGGUGUUUACACAAAUCUUACAUAAUUUUUUUCGCUUUGUGUUUGGCUGGUUUAUGUCAAUGACCACCGUAAAUGGGCUUUUACACAGAGGUUCAAUGUUUGUGUUUUCGGAAAAACAAUUUCACACUCUUCUCAAUGUAAACAAAGAUUGGAAGGCUGAAUCUUAUCUUGAUCUUGGUGCUGGAGAUGGCAAAGUUAGUGAAAAGAUAUUGUAUCACUUUGAAAACAAAUAUGCAACAGAACAAUCUCCCACAAUGCAAUGGAGAUUGAAUGAGAAGGGUUACCAGGUUUUAGACAUUGACAAGUGGCAGAAACGAAACAACUAUUCCAUUAUAGCUGCAUUAAACGUAUUGGAUAGAAUUGAUCGCCCAAUCAAAUUGCUUCAUGAGUUACAUUCAUCCAUUAAAGAAGAUGGUUUGAUUGUUAUUGCGAUUGUUUUGCCAUACAAUCCUUGUUACGAGUCGGGAGUAACGUUUGGACCGUCAUCAGAGGUUCUUCCCAUAUGUGGCAAAACUAUCGAAGAGCAAGUUGUGAGUUUGCACGACGAAGUGUUUCCACAGGCAGGAUUAGAAGUUGUCAAAUUCACAAGAUUGCCAUAUUUGUGCGAAGGAGAUUUGCACAGAGAUUUCUUUGUUCUGAACGAUAUCGUUUUUGUUUUGAAGGCUGCUGAAAUAGCCACAUCAACUGAAAAAGUUUGUCGUGUUGCCAACAACAAGUAGAGAAAAUAGUACUUGUUACGACAACCAGUGAUGUGAAAACGAUACCGUAUAGCUAUUGGUAGCCAUAUUGUUUUAGCCUCGUUGUGGACAAAGUCUGUGAUGUGUCGGAGAAAUGACGUUUAUUGAUAUUCAGAAGAUCGAAUGAGCUUGAGGAUUCCGAUGCUGGGUAGCGAGAAUGUUUUGUUAACUUGUACCUCUCUAGGUUACAGGUUGUGUGUGAAUGAAAUUGUGAGUAGCAGAGAAAUAGGGAAAGAAGAAAUUGGAUUUGUUUUUAUUUGUUUUUAUUUACUCAUAUUUCUAUGUUACUUUUAUUUAAUUUUUAUUUUAUCACACUACAUGUGAAAUCAGUCAGA